AUGGUGUCCAUCAGUAUGGGCGUGCUGGCGAUCGCGUGCCAGUUCGCGCACUACUUCACCGACCACUCGUCGAUGAUGGUCCUGGCCUGUCUGCAGGGCCUGUUCGGCGGAGCGCGCCACAACCUGCAGUCCGUCAUCCUCAUUGACUACCUGGGCGUGGAGCGGCUGGCCAAGGCUCUGUCCGUCAGCAUGGUGGUGAUGACUCUCACCAUAGCUCUCAGCCACCUCAUCAUUGGUGGCCUAGAGGAGGCUACAGGUGAAUUCGACGCUCCGUUCUACUACAUUAGCGCCAUGUUGACAGUGUCCAGUCUGGUCUUCCUGACAGAGCCUCUGUUUAGGAGGCUGGACCAAAGGAAACAGAUGGAGAGGGUGGCCGCAGUGUAGGAGGCUGGACCAAAGGAAACAGAUGAAGAGGGUGGCCGCAGUGUAGGAGGCUGGACCAAAGGAAACAGAUGGAGAGGGUGGCCGCAGUGUAGGAGGCUGGACCAAAGGAAACAGAUGGAGAGGGUGGCCGCAGUGUAGGAGGCUGGACCAAAGGAAACAGAUGGAGAGGGUGGCCGCAGUGUAGGAGGCUGGACCAAAGGAAACAGAACCAAAGGACACAGAUGGAGAGGAAGGCCCCUGUAUGGGAGGCGGGACUAAAGGAAACAGAGGAUGAAUGACCACCGUGUAGGACUCUGAAUCGAAGGAAACAGAUUGAUGGACUGAACCAGAAUCAUGUUUAACACCGCCAUAGACACGAUUCAGAUCACCCAAUCAUGCCAGUCAGGGCCAAUCUGAGACAGACAGGAGAAAGUAUCUCAAUAGAAAAAGUAUCUCAAUAAGCAGCCAGAGAUGCUUGGUAAAAAGUGGAUCGAACGGUCUUCUGCAUGUAAAAGCCAAGAGCCUUAUAUCUGUACACCAUAGAUGCCUUAUUUUCAGGAUUGUGAGAAAGAGGACAAAGAUUACCAUGCAUGAGUGUUCUAUAUGAUGGAUGUUGUAUUCAUUAAGUAUGU